UUCCUACUGGCUAUAUCCCUGACACCUCCUUUCCCUUCAGAUAAACACUGCAGACUGGCCAGUUGGAUUUCAGCUGGGCACAGCAGGGGAGCCCUGCAAGACUCUCAGCUAGGAGGGAAACUUGGAGCCAGAACUGCUAAAGAAAAGCUGAGAUGGAGCUGAUCCCCAACCUUUCCAUGGAAACCUGGUUGCUGCUGGCUACCAGCCUGGUGCUCUUCUACAUAUAUGGGACCUAUUCUCAUGGGAUUUUUAAGAAACUCAGAAUUCCUGGACCAAAACCUCUGCCUUUAUUUGGCACCAUUCAUGCCUAUAGUGAAGGUGCAUGGAAAUUUGAUGAUGAUUGCUAUAAAAAGUAUGGAAAAAUAUGGGGGUUUUAUGACGGUCGACAGCCUGUGCUGGCUAUCACGGAUCCAGAGCUCAUCAAAGUGGUGCUAGUGAAAGAAUGCUACUCAAUCUUCACAAACCGUCGGGCUUUUGGUCCAGUGGGACUUAUGAAAAAGGCCAUCAACUUAUCUGAGGAUGAAGAAUGGAAGAGACUUCGAACACUGCUGUCUCCAACUUUCACCAGUGGAAAACUCAAGGAGAUGUUCCCCAUCAUUGGACAGUAUGGAGAUGCAUUGGUGAGAAACUUGAGACGAGAAGAAAAAAGAGGGAAGCCCAUCACCAUGAAAGACAUCCUUGGAGCUUAUAGCAUGGAUGUGAUCAUUGGCACAUCAUUUGGAGUAAACGUUGAUUCCCUCAACAACCCAGAGGAUCCCUUUGUGCAGAAAGCCAAAAAGAUCUUAAAGUUUUCCAUUUUUGAUCCGUUUCUUCUCUCUAUAGUUCUGUUUCCAUUCCUUACUCCAAUAUAUGAGUUGUUAAAUCUCUCCAUUUUUCCAAGACAAUCAGUGAAAUUUUUCAAAGAAUUUGUAGCAAGGAUGAAGAAAAAUCGCCUUGAUUCAAACCAGAAGACCCGAGUGGAUUUUCUUCAGCUGAUGAUGAACACUCAGAACUCCAAAGGCGAAGAGUCCCCAAAAGCUCUGUCUGAUCUAGAAAUGGCAGCACAAACCAUUAUUUUCAUUUUUGCUGGCUAUGAUGCUACAAGCACAUCCAUUUGCUUCAUGAUGUAUGAACUGGCCACCCACCCUGAUGUGCAGAAGAAACUUCAGGAUGAGAUUGACAGAACUCUGCCCAAUAAGUCACCUGUCACCUAUGAUGCCCUGAUGGACAUGGAGUACCUUGACAUGAUGGUGAAUGAAACUCUCAGAUUGUACCCAAUCGCUAACAGACUAGAGAGGGUCUCAAAGAAGGAUGUGGAAAUCAAUGGAGUGUUCAUUCCCAAAGGGACUAUAGUUAUGGUACCAACUUAUCCUCUUCACCGGGACCCUGAGUACUGGCCAGAACCUGAAGAGUUCCGCCCUGAAAGGUUCAGCAAGGAGAACAAGGGCAGCAUCAAUCCUUAUGUAUACCUGCCCUUCGGGAACGGACCCAGGAACUGCAUUGGCAUGAGGUUUGCCCUCAUCAGCAUGAAACUCGCUGUCGUCAGAGUCCUGCAGAACUUCACCCUCCAGCCUUGUGAGGAAACAGAGAUCCCCCUGAAGUUCAGCAGGCAACCAAUUCUCCAACCAGAAAACCCCAUCAUCCUGAAGAUUGUGUCAAGAGAUAAACCUAUAACUGGAGCGUGAAUUUCCCUCAGGAACCAUGCUAUAUUCUUCAAGGGGGCUGUGUCAUGGAACACCAGCAAAUUUAAUUUACCAUGGAAUGAAACCCAGAUGAAAUGAGCAUAAUGUACUUUCCUGGAUGAUUGAAUAUUCAGUAAUUCAUUGAACAUGCUCAGUGUCUAUACAGAGUACCAUCUAUUAUGUGAUUCAAAGGAAACAAAGUCAGUAAUAGAUAUGGAGAUUCAUCUUCUGAUUCUCUUAGGAUGAUCUACACUGAUUCCAAUUAGUUCCAUCAAUUCUGAAUUCUAACUGUAGUAAUGGUUUCUCUUUACUUCUACCAAUAAUUUUUAAUAAAAUAGAAACUAUUGUAUUGACUUUUGGUAAAAGUAUAUCAAUUUGUUUCUUUGUAAAAUUUUAUGAUAUUGAGAAUAUAAGUAAAUAUCUCUUUCAAAAAUACAUGGUGUCAUUAUACACAUUAAUGGGGAAAACACUGAACCAAUAAAACAAGAUGAUAAUCCUUUCCAAUCACCAUGGUCAUCCAUUGUGUGAACCAAUUUGGGAUCUGCACUUGACUCUCAAAGUUUGGUGCUGCUGAUCCAUUUUGAAUUGAGACAUUGCUUAAGAAAUUUAUUCAUUCAUUUACCUAGGCACUUGUGAGAGAUCACAGUAACAGCAGAUCCUCUCCCCUAGAACUUCAGCACAUUCUCACUGUUCUCCCUCUCCUUAUCCUUCCUGAUUCAUAAUUUUCUUUCAUUGGAAUUUCAGUUCAUAUCCUUUCAUUGAUUCAUAAUUGCCCUGCACCUAGUUCCAUUUUCACUUCCUUUGAUGCUCCUUAGUAGUUUUGUUAAGUCUUACCUUGUAAUUUUUGCUUUAAAUGUUGAUACCUCUUUGACUUAACAAUAAAAAGAUGUAUGGUUUUUAA